ACACGACCGCAGUCUGCCGCCAAACACCCAUCCCGUCGGGUCCGUUGCCGCCACACGGCCGUAUCGUAUCGUUCACCGUCGUCGUCGUCGUCGUCGUCGCCGCCGCCGCCACCGCCGCCGCGCCGCCGUUUUUCUAUCCGCGAGAUCAUGUGUCGUCCACUCACGUCCAACCGGUCGCCGUCGCGGCCGUCGCCGUCAUCGCCGUUGCCGCCGGAAUGAUGACAAUAUUAUAAUGUAUAUAUUUUAUAAUAAUAAUUAUUAUUAAAUAUUAGUGCGAUGGUCGCAGUCUCCUCCUCUACCGUUUCGCGCCAUUUCCGCGCCGUGCGCCGUGAAACUGAUUUUGAAAACUGAAAUUCGCAAUAAUAUAUAUUCCUUGGCGUCUUUACUGCGGUCUAGCUCAUUUCUCUUGUAUCCUGUACGGGUUAGUCGGUUUUAGUGGUUUUUCGCGCCCCGCGAGUGUAACGAUCGCAGCCCGUCGCCCUCGACGUCAUGGAGGCGGACCUCCGGGUUCUCCUGGUCGUUUGGAUACUGUCCACCAUGGGAGCGUCACCCGAACUGGCGUCUGAAGUUACUGUACCACUUGUACCUGUAGACGCCGUGGAAGGCAGAUCUGUUAAAUUUCCUUGUGACGUGUCCUCACCAAAUCCAGCGGACAAAGUAUACAUGGUAUUCUGGUUUAAAGACGACUCUGGUGUACCACUAUACAGUUUUGACGUUAGAGGCAUGCCGCUGGAUCAAGCACACCAUUAUUCAGCGCCGGAUGUGUUCGGCAACCGUGCCUCCUUCCGGACAGUUACAGAUCCGGCAUGUCUAUUGGUGGAUGAAGUGCAGCGGAACGACGAGGGCGUGUAUAGAUGUCGUGUGGAUUUCCGAAAUUCCGCCACCAAGAGUUUCCGGUACAACUUGUCCGUCAUCGUGCCGCCCGAUCAUCCGGUGGUGUUCGAUAGGUUGGGAAGGCAAUUGAACAUGACGGUCGGUCCACUCGACGAGGGCGACGGCAUUGCGCUCAUUUGUCGCGUCAACGGUGGAAAUCCUCCACCAGAAGUCGUAUGGCUGAAAAACAACAAAGUGGUGGAUGACGAGUGUGAACACAACUCGAUGAACGUGAUGGAGAACAGACUGCACUGGCCGGCUGUCAGCCGCCAGGACUUUGGUUCCGUAUUCACUUGUCGAGCGUCAAACACGAAGCUAAUGGAUCCCCGACAAGCAUCAGUUGUGUUGGACCUUAGACUGCCGCCGCUCACGGUAACAUUUUCUGUCAUGGACGAUAUUUUGGUAGCUGACCGAAGAUACGAUGUCCAGUGCCAGUCUGCUGGGUCUAGACCACCAGCAUCAAUUACGUGGUAUAGAAACGACAAGAAGCUCCCAAAAAUAAAGCAAGACGAUAUUAAAGAGAAUGUUACGUCUAGUGAGAUGACAUUUGUGCCCACAACAGACGACAACGGCAAGUCAAUAACCUGUAGAGCAGAAAAUCCUCAAGUACCAAAAAUGGCUCUUGAAGAAAAUUUUAUACUGAAAGUCGUCUUCGCUCCGAUCGUUUCGCUCCGGCUCGGAAACUCGAUCGACCCGAACGGCAUCAAAGAGGGAGACGACGUGUACUUCGAUUGUCACGUGAAAGCCAACCCGCCAUCGACGAAGCUCACUUGGUAUCACAAUGGGGUCACGUUGAACCUUAACUCGUCUGCCAGAACAAUGAAAAGCGACAACAACUUGGUUUUGCAGAGAGUGACCAGAAACGUUGCCGGCAGAUACGCUUGUCGAGCGACCAAUUCCGAAGGGGAAUCGUUCAGCAACGAACUCAGUCUACGCAUAAAAUACGCACCGGGCUGCAAAACAGACCGGGUGAUGGUGAUCGGCGCGUCCCGGGGCGAAAGCAUGGACGUGCCGUGCGAGGUGGACGCCGAUCCGCCGGCCAAAGGGUUCCGGUGGAAGUUCAACAAUUCGGGCGAGACGAUCGACAUCGGCCCGGAACGGUACAUAUCCAACGGCACUUUCAGCGUGCUCAGGUACACGCCCGUCGCCGACUUGGACUAUGGCACGCUGUCGUGUUGGGCAACCAACGGGGUCGGCCACCAGUCCGUGCCGUGCCUAUUUCAAAUGGUUGCCGCCGGUAAACCGCAAUCGGUGCACAACUGCACUGUUCGGAACAACACGGACGGCGCGGUGGACGUACAAUGCGAACCGGGCUACGACGGCGGCCUGCAGCAGGUGUUCGUGCUGGAGGUGUACGCCGAAAACCUGGACAGCCAGACGGACGGCGAGGAGCUGUACCGGAACUUGACGGACCGGACGUCGCCGCGAUUUUCGCUGGGAAAGGUCGCUCUGGGCGUGCUGUACACGGCUCGCAUGUACGCGGUCAACGCCAAGGGCAAGUCCACCGCCGUCACUCUGCCCAGAUUUUCGUUUCCCAGCUCCGAGAACCAAAUGGGAUUUGGCGUCGAAGUGUUAAAAGUGUCACCGGUGUUGAUAACGAUAGGGAGCGUUUGCCUGUUGCUCAUCCUGCUGACAAUCAUCGUGAUUGUCAAACUGAAGACGGCGAACAGUAGAAAACGCAACUCACGACAACCGACCGGUGGCGACAAACAAGUGAUUGUCCACCAGAGGAGUAAUGGACAAAUAGCCUCGUCCAUUCUAGAAACGGAUACCGAUCCUGACCUGAUUCAAGUGAAAUACGAUCCGUCGGACGCGCCCAAAAUGCGCAACGGUGGGGUACAGUUUUUGGACGACUCACACGACCCGGCCGUGGCCGGAUGGAUAGCCGCGAACGCAGCCGUCGCGCAGCAGACCAUGUCACAGCUUCCGUUGUCGUCUUCGUCGUCGUCGUCGACGGGCACGCUGCGCAGGGGAGGAGGAACGGCCAUCAACGACCGUCAACAGCCUCCGCCGCCGCCGCCGCAGCCGUCGAUCGACUCCUCUCGCCGUUGGAACGACGUGACGCCGAAACCGUUUAGCUACACUCACCACCAUUUGCAACAGCAGCAGCAGCAUCAGCUGCAGUCGCCGCAGCCGCCGCAUCACGUACGCGUCCGACCGGACCCGAACGAACUCGACGGGGCGGACAUAAAGGAGAAGCUGAUGAUGUCCAGCGGUCACAUACCCGAGAGUUGCGUGUGAACGACCACGUCGUGUCCUGCGUGCUGUACAUAAUAAUAUUA